CAAAGAGGUGGUGUAUAGUUUUUAUAUGGUCAUGAUGGAUUAUGUUAAGGCCAAGCCACUUUACAACUGCAAUAAUUUGCUUAGUCAUGAUGAAUAUAAAAUGGUUUUCGAGGAUAUUGAAGAAGCUAUCAGCAAAUUGUAUAAAGAAAAUAUCAUUUUUGCUAACCUUUGUGAUUCCAACAUCUUGGUUAACAAAUCUCAAGAUCAAUAUCAAGGAAUGUUAAUAGAUUUCUAUUGGGCUGGUGAGGAAGAAAUUGAGUGCUAUCCAUCUUUCAUGAAUAAAGAUAUUAAUUGGCUACCAGGAGCUGAGGAUAGGAAGAAACUGAGUCAGAAACAUGAUAUGCAUUGGUUGAAGUUAUUAAAAUCUAAUUACUUAGGUAAAAGUGUAGAGCUCAAAUGA